AUGGUCAACCUUGGCCCCUACGCACUCCCGCCGGCCAACGGCGCCGACGCCAAUGGGCACGUCCCAACAGACUCCCUGACAAGACAGCGGAUUGGCACCACCCCGACCCUCUCUCACCUCUUGAACGUCGGCCACGGCCGUGUUCUGAGUCUUGCGGCCGAUGACGACCACGUCUACGCCGGCUGCCAGAGCCGCGACAAUGAGAUCACCGUCUUCUCCAGAACAAACUUUCAGCCGCUGUUCCGCCUCAUCGGGCACGCUGGAAGUGUUCUGGCGCUCCUGAUAGUCAAGGAGAAGGGAUGGCUCGUGUCCACUAGCAGCGCUGGUGACGUUCGGAUCUGGUGCACCUCGACCUUUGAGCCGCUGUACAUUAUCCACCCGUGCGACGAUACGUCGGGCGACAUCUACUCGCUGGCAUGGGACGACCGGGAAGGUGGUACACUCUAUUUCGGUGCCCAGAACACAACAAUAGAGUGGAUCAACUUUGCAAACCCGCCUCGUGUUGUCGGCGUCGCGUCGUCUUCUACGGCCGGCGGCGCAGCUGUCGUGGCGUCGGCUGCGGUUCUCGCUACUGUCGACUCACCUGCCUCUUCGAUCUUGCAACUCGAGAAGGACUCGCCAUCUGUGGCGGCCAGCACGCCAGGCCAACGGACGGGGCGUUACAAGCCACACUCGUUCUUCGACAAGCCACCUGCCGACGUCAAGAGUGGCACGUCGACGCCGCAUACCCCUGGCUGCCAUCCUGUCGGUACGCCGGGCAGAAACGGCGUGUCCGCGGCCGCUGUUGCUGGACGACUCAACGGUGCGGUCUCGCCCACCGUUAUCGAGUAUGAAAUCGACGGCGACACGACCCUGUUCUAUGCCCAUUACGGCUACGUGUACGCCCUCACCGUCAUCCCACGGCCUGAUGGCUCAAAAUGGCUAGCGAGCGGAAGCGGCGACAGCGACGUCAAGAUUUGGGAGUGUGCCCCAGGAGGCGGACUUCAUCUGGUGCGCGAGUUUAGCGGACUAUCUGGCGCUGUACUGUCCCUGGCCUUCCGCGACUCACUUCUUUUCGCCGGAUUGCAAGGAGGCGAGAUCGACGUGUGGGACCUCGAGACCGGCGCGCGAAUCCGGAGAAUUGAGGCACACGAGGCGGACGUCAUGACCAUGACCGUCCUCCAGUGUGACCUCUAUGCUGGCGCUGCGGACGGUCGUGUGCUCCGCAUAGACGACAAGUUUGACUGCACCGCAGUGUUCAAGGCUCACUCGGACAUGGUCCUCGCGUCGACGAUCGUCCCCGGCCAGCGAAAGGGCUGGGAGUACAUCACUGCGGGCAACGACUCUGGCGUCAAGAUCUGGAACAUUUCGGACCCCGUCAAGCCCAGCCACGACACGGACAUCGAUGUCGACAUUGAGGGUGGCGCCGACGUCAUGCUGUACGCGCUGUCCAAGCUCGUUGCUGUGCCGACGGUCAGUGAUGACGAGCACCGCGAGUCGUGCCGCCUUGGAGCCCACCUUCUCAAGAAGAUUCUGGGCCAGCUCGGCGCCCAGUCGGAUAUCCUGCCCGGCGACCCUGGUCGGAACCCGCUUGUGCUGGCAACGUUUGCAGGCCGAGAGACUGGCAAACCUCGAAAGCGUGUUCUGUUCUACGGACACUACGACGUCCAGCCAGCAAGCGAAAAGGACUGGGAAGCAAACCCGUGGGAGAUGAUUGGCAAGAAUGGGUACCUCUACGGUCGUGGCGUCACCGAUAACAAGGGUCCGAUCAUGGCUAUCGCGUGCGCCGCUGCCACAUUGCGUCAGCGUCGUGAACUCGAUGUGGAUGUCGUCAUGCUCAUCGAGGGUGAGGAGGAGGCUGGAAGCAGGGGCUUUGUGCCCGCUGUCCGACGUCACAAGGACCUCAUCGGCCACGUCGACGUCGUGCUGCUCUCCAACUCGACAUGGAUCAACGAGGAGGACCCCUGUGUCGUGUAUGGCAUGAGAGGUGUGGUGUACACCAACAUUUCCGUGUCUAGCGCCGGCGAUGACGCCCACAACGGUGUCGAGGGCGGCGCUGUCGCUGAGCCAAUGUUUGACCUCGUCCGCGUACUGGGCAGCAUUGCCGACGCGGAAGGCAUCAAGCUGCCAAAGUUUUACGACUCGGUGCGGCGCAAGACCAAGGAGGAGCUGCAGCUGCUCGACGAAGUGGCCAAGGCGUCCAACCGGCAGGUUGACGACCUCAUGCGUGUCUGGCGCCAGCCGUCCUUCUCCAUCGCCAACAUCACCGCGUCGGGCGGUGCAAACAAGACGGUCAUCCCGUCGCGCGUGUCGGCCGACGUGACGAUGCGUAUCGUGCCCGACCAGGAGCUGGACGUGAUCAUCGAGGGCCUCAGGAGCUUCUGCCACGACACGUUUGCGGCACUCAACUCGCCCAACCAGCUCGAGGUGAGCGUCACGCACGCCGCAAGCUGGUGGCUCGCGUCCCUCGACUCGCCAUACUUCAAGGAGCUCGAGGCUGCUGUGCACGACGUAUGGGGGGUACACCCCCUCAAGAUCCGCGAGGGCGGCACAGUGCCCACCAUGUCGUGGCUCGAGCGCGAGUUUGGCGCCCCGUGCGUCCACCUCCCUCUCGGACAGAGCUCGGACGCCGGCCAUCUCGCCAACGAGCGCAUGCGGCUCCUCAACCUCCGGAACGGCAAGAAGGUGUUUGAGACGUACCUCACCAGGCUGGCUACAAUCUAG